AUGUCUGCGUCCGCAUCCUACCUCACGCUGACAGCAGCGCUUGUUGUUGGUGGCUACAUGCUGUUCAAUGGUUCUGGUGAGGCUUUCAACGUUGGAGCGUACCUGGAGUCCAUCUCGCCAUAUAUGUGGGCCACGAUUGGAAUAGGCUCGUGUAUUGGGUUUUCGGUCGUUGGAGCGGCCUGGGGCAUCUUCAUUACGGGCUCUUCCAUUCUUGGAGCGGGUGUGAAGGCUCCUCGCAUCACCACGAAGAAUCUGAUCUCGAUUAUUUUCUGUGAGGUUGUGGCCAUUUACGGUUUGAUCAUGGCCAUUGUGUUCUCAUCCAAACUCACUGCCGUCGACACGGCCUCCCUUUUCACCAAAGAAAAUCUAUACACGGGAUACUCGCUGUUUUGGGCUGGACUGACGGUGGGACUGAGCAACCUCAUCUGCGGAGUGGCGGUUGGUGUCACUGGAUCCACAGCAGCUAUCUCGGACGCCGCAGACUCGAGCUUGUUUGUGAAAAUCCUGGUCAUUGAGAUUUUUGGUUCCGUGUUAGGGCUUUUCGGACUCAUUGUGGGCCUGCUGAUGGCAGGUAAGGCCACCGAUUUUACAUAG